AUGGCACAGAAUUUGCAAAAGAAGCCGUCAAAGGGUAUCUUAAAAACAUCUCGUAGCGUAGAUGGGCAGGAUGGAAUGCCUUCUACAAGUAAACGACCGAAGGAGCAGAGAUUCGAUGAAAUGAAUAUAAUGGAAACAUUUCAUCCUCCAAAUAAGGAUUAUGGCCAUAUGAAAGUGGAUGAACCUAAAACUCCAUACUCAGAAGCCAUGGAUAGCGAUAUGGAAACUCAUGACGAAUUGGAUGCUAAUAUUUUGGCAGCUAAGUUAGCGGCAAGUAUGAAUAAACCACCUAAAUGUGUAGAAAUGAGCGAUAAUGAAGAAGACGAGCCAGAGGAUGUACGACAGCGAAGAUUAGAAUUCGAAAAGAAGAGAAAAACGCACUACAACGAGUUCCAGGCAUUACAGCUGGCAAGACAGUUAUUGGCACAAGAAGAAGAAGAUGAUGCGGAGAGAGAUCAGGCUACAAGCACCUGA